UAAUAAAAUAAGUACAAUUCUUCAAGGUGCUGGAGAUCAACAUAUACAAAUAAUUGAAAGAAUAGGAGAACAACAAAAAGAAUUAAAAAGGAAAGAUGUAGAAAUAGCUCAAUUAAAAAAGGAAAUGGCUCAACAACAAAGAGGAGAAGGUGAUUGUUUAAAAGAAGAAAAGUUUGAAAAUAAUAUUAAAGAGCAAUUAUCAAAAAUGACCAUAGAUCUUAAUAAAAAAGAUGAUCUUAUAUUGAAAUUAGAAGGGCAACUUGAAGUAUUUAAAAAUGAGUUGUCCAUAUAUGAUAAAGAUUGUAAUACAUUAAAAAAAGAGAACAAAAAUCUAGAAAAUAUAAAAAAUAGAUUAUCAAAAGAAUGUCAACAAAGCAAGAAACAAUUAGUAAUGAAAAACAAACAAAUUAAAAAUUUAUCACAGAAAGUUCAUGAAUUCCUUGAAACUAAAAAUUUAAAUACUGUUUUGGAAAAUAAAAUUAAAGAAAUAGAAAAAAGAUUGAUUGAUUCACAAUUUGAAAAUAAUGAAUUAAAAAAAAAUAAUAUUCAAACUAAUAUGAUUAUUUCUACAAAGGAUAAAACUAUAAUUAGUUUAAAAAGUAAUAUUGAUAAAAUUGAUAAUAUUUUAUCACAAAAAGUUGCUGAAUAUGAAAAUGCAAUGGAAGGAAAACAUUGUGAAAUUUUGAAGUUGGAAAAUGAAAAUAAGUUAUUAAAUGAAAAAGUAAAAGAUAUGGAACAUAAACUUAUGGAAAUGAAUUUAACAAUUAUAUCCUUAACUGAACAAAAUGAUAAAAUUAAUAUUAUAUAUACAAUGCAAGAAAAUCUAACGAAAUUGGAUAAAAAUGAAAAGAAAUUAAAAAUUGAACUCAAUAACUUAAGAAAUCAACUUAUAAAUGAUCAAAAUAAUAAUAAAAAACUUGAUAUUAGUUUAGAUGCAUUUCUACGUGAAAAUGAAAUUUUGAAAAAAGAUGUAGAAUAUUGGAAAAAUGAAAUUUCUGAAUUAUCGACUAGACUACGCAAUGAAAUGAUAGAAGAAAAUUUAAAAAAUAAAUUAUAUGUUCUUUCUAAUAAAAUUUAUGAAAGAUUAUUAAAUCUUAAAAAGCUACCUAACUUAGAAGAAUCAUCAAAUAUUAAAAAUUUGCAAGAUAAAUACAUAGUAAAAUAUAUUCUUAUGUGUCUUUUAUUUAUUAUUAAUUAAUUAUAUAUUUAUUUUAUUUUUAGAUUCAUCAAGAUCGAGAAAUAGAAUUAACUAUAGAUAAUACAAAUGAAGAUUUUAAACAAAAAUAUAAU